AUGAGCAAUAUUCAAACAAAUAGCUUUUAUACAAAAUCUCAGUGUAAUGCUUCCCAGAAGAAACCAAGUAUGAAAAAUUCCAUAUGCAAAAUAAGGGCGCCUCCCAAAGAAAAGCAGUUCCAGUGUGAAACUUGCUUGAAGAAUUUUACUACCAAAAGUAAUUUAAUCCUGCACUUCCGUACACAUAUCGGUGAGAAGCCAUACAUAUGUGACGUAUGUGAGAAAGCAUUCAUAAGUUCUAGUCAUUUAACCACACACAAGCGCAUACAUACUGGUAAGAAGGCAUACAUAUGCGAUGUAUGUGAAAAAGGAUUCGGAAGUUUCCAUCAUUUAAAGAGACACAAGCUCAUACAUACUGAUGAGAAGCCAUACAUAUGCGAAAUAUGUAAUAAAAGAUUCAGAAGUUUCAGUAAUUUGAACAGACACGAGCGCAUACAUACCGGAUUUAUAGAUUCUAGUAAUUUAUAUACACACAAGCGCAUACAUACCGAUGAAAAACCAUACACGUGCGAUGUAUGCGCGAAAAAAUUCAGAAGGUCUAGUUAUUUAUGCACACACAAGCGCAUACAUACCGGUGAAAAGCCAUACAUAUGCAGUGUAUGUGAGAAAAGAUUCAGUAGUUCCAGUAAUUUGAGCAUACACAAACACAAACGCACACAUACUGGUGAAAAGCCGUACAUGUGCGAUGUGUGCACGAAAAGAUUCUCGUUUUAUAGUCAUUUAUACACACACAGGCGCAUACAUACCGGUGAGAAGCCAUUCAUAUGCAAUGUAUGCGAAAAAGGAUUUGGAAGUUCUAGUAAUUUAUACACACACAAGCGCAUACAUACCGGUGAGAAGCCAUUCAUAUGCAAUGUAUGCGAGAGAGGAUUUGGAAGUUCUAGCUAUUUAAACACUCACAAGCGCAUACAUACUGGUGAGAAGCCAUUCAUAUGCAAUGUAUGCAAGAAAGGAUUCGGAAGUUCUAAUGAUUUGAAAACACACAAGCGCAUACAUACAGGUCAGAAACCAUGCAUUUGUGAUGUAUGUGAGAAAGGAUUCGGAUCUUCUGGUAGUUUGAACAGACACAAGCGCAUACAUACCGGUGAGAAGCCGUACAUGUGUAGUAUGUGCAAGAAAAGAUUCACGACUUAUAGUAAUUUAAAUCAACACAAGCGCACACAUACUGGAGAGAAACCGUAUGUGUGCAAUACUUGUAAGAAAAGAUUCGCACAAAACGUACAUUUGAAGAGACACAAACGUACACAUAUAGGUUAG